AUGAGUGUUUCGGACAAAAAUGAAAUUAUGCUGUCAUCAUUCGGGGUCGUGGCUGCUGUCCAAAUAUACACGGAGGAAGGAAAUCUAAAGUUGAAAAUAAAACCACAAGCAGGUCAAAAGGUUCAUGGCGUGGCAUUUCACUUUAUCAGUCGUAAAAUAAUUGUCUUAAGCUAUAUUGAGAAGAAAGAUUACCAUUGUCUCCAUUGUUACUCUGAGGCAGGCGAACUGGAGGCGUCGAUGUUUUAUCGUAAGAUAACUGACUGUGAGAAUGAACGUUUUCCUAAGAUCACAUCUCAUCCAAGUGGACCAGUUGUUAUUGUUAGAGGGAAAAGUAUCACCUAUAUAUAA